CCCAUUUCCCCAGGCUCUUCUUAAGCCUCUCGCAGCUCCACACUAGCCGAGCUACAGAGCUAGUCACACGCGGUCACGCACGCUUGUCCUGCGCCGGCGCCGAGGGGGCAGGGCAUGAGAGCGACGGCACGGCGCGGCGCGGCCGGGGGCCUACCCUCGGCCAAGAAGAGGAGGAAGAAGAAGGCGCCCGCGCGCGGCUUCAUGUGCGGCUGCGGCGGCGACAAGUCGGUCGCCACCGUCCCCCGCGCCGCCGUCAGCAUUUCCGCUGUCACGACGACGACGCCGAUGAAAGCCGCCUCAUCGGCGGCGACCGCAGCGAAGGCGGCGGCGGCCGUGGCGGGCUGCCGCGACGCCGACGCCGACGCCGACGGCGCGGACGCGAGCGCGGAGUGCACGCCCAGCGUGGAUUCGCUGCUGCAGCAGCUGCGCGAGCUGGAGCGCGGCGUGCGCGCGCUGGGCAUCCGGGAGCGGCACAACGACGGCGGUGGCGCGCCAAGAGCGACACAGCCGCGGCGGCACGGGCGGAGCGCGAGCGACCGGGGCGGCGGCGGGCGGCUGGACUCGGAGAGCGUUGCGGUGGUGACGGAGUCGGAGGACCCGCUGGGCGACUUUCGGCGGUCGAUGGUGCAGAUGAUCGUGGAGAACGGGAUCACCGGCGGCGCCGAGCUGCGGGAGCUGCUGCAGCGGUUCCUGUCGCUGAACGCGGCGUGCCACCACCACCUCAUCCUCCGCGCCUUCGCCGACGUCUGGGAGGAGCUCUUCGCCUCCGCCGGCGGCGUGCCAUCACCACCUCCGCCGCCCGCAGAGAAGAUCUCGUACAGCAGUAGAGGUAGCAAACGUCCAGCCGCGCUGACACGUUAACCACGGCCCGUCCUGUAAGCUAAUUUCCGCCAUCCUCGGGAAUUGUUGCUGUCCGAAACACACAGUGUACGGCGUGUACAAGACUUGCACGCGUGACUUUCUGUGCCGUGACCAGAAAAUCCGAGCUCCAUUCCCGUGAGUUUCUUCC